AUGAUUUGGAAGAGAAGUAUUAUUGGUCAGUUGAACACUGGCAGAUUGGCAUUUUCACACAUUAGACAAUUCCAUGCAAGCUCACCGGCGUUAUAUAAAAAGUGGAAUGAGUUGAAGAAAGAUGACAAACAGGAAUUCAUCAAGAACUUUGUUUCACUGUACAAGGAAAAACACCCUUGUAGUAAGAGUAACGUCAUGUACCGGGCGUUGGCGAGCGAAAUGGAUGAAUAUAAUGAUACCCCUUAUGUUUUUGGUGUGUUAUACAAUGAAAUCAGGGCUGUAGAAAAGGGCGAGUCCACAGACAACCAAAAGGGAGUCGGUCCAAUGGGUGACCCAGACUUCGUUAAGUUAUUAUACAAAUAA